GGGCGAGAAGGAAACCCAUCGGGAGAAGUGAGCACCCAGGUGGCUCAAAGGCAAACUCUUCCCAGCCCAGGCUUCCGCCCAGGCACGACAUCAUGCAUCUCCUUGGCCCCUGGCUCCUGCUCCUGGAAUACUUGGCUUUCUCUGACUCACACAAAUGGAGUUUUAGUCACCCCAACACCGUCUACGCCUGGGAGGGGGCCUGCGUCUGGAUCCCCUGCAAGUACAUGAACCCGAAGUCCGAGGACCUGGAAAACAUCACCGUGUACCACAAUGCCCAGUACAGCAGCAUCACCAAGAGCUACAACGGGACCAUCCUCUAUAAGACCACGAAGUUCGAAGAGUCUCCUUCUCAGCAGGAAAGGGUCCGAUUCCUGGGAGGCAAAAGAGACAACUGCACCCUGAGCAUCAACCGGGUGCACGUUAACGACAGCGGGAAGCUGGGGCUGAGGAUGAUGUUGAAGACGGACAGAUGGAUGGAGGAAAUACACCUCAACGUCUCUGAAAGGCCUCUUGUACCUCACAUCCGGCUCCCUCCAGAAAUUCGAGAGUCCCAGGAAGCCACUCUGUCCUGCUGGCUGAAUUUCACCUGCUUUGGGUACCGGACCCAAUGGCAGUGGUCCCUGGAGGGACCUGCUGACUCCUCGACUUCCAUUUCCCCCAUGACUGACUUAAUCCAGAGUGAGCUCAAGUUCCAGCCACAGUGGCAUCACCACGGGAAGAACGUGACCUGCCAGCUCUGGAGUGACAGGGAACAGCGGGUGCUCUCCCAGGAAACGGUGCAGCUGGACGUGAAGCACCUCCCGAAGUUGGAGAUCAACGUCAGUCCCCGUGAAGCCACUGUCAAGGAGGGGGAGUCCGUGAGCAUGACAUGCAAGGUCAUCAGCAGCAACCCAGAGCACCAGACCAUAUCCUGGCUCAAGGACGGGGCUCCGCUGAGCAUGCAGGACACAAUCAUGCUAAAUCUGCAUGCAGUGACCAGAAACAUGAGUGGGAAGUACAUGUGUCAGGCCUCCAGUGACAUGGGCACAAACACGUCAAAGGAAGUGGCCCUCGAAGUGCAGUAUGCUCCAGAACCUUCCAUAGUUCAGAUCCUCCAGUCACCAGUUAUUGAGGGAAAAACAGUAGAGCUGAUGUGUACAUCACUGGCCAAUCCUCCUCCGACAAAUUACACCUGGUAUCACGAUGGGAAAGAAGUGCUGGGAAAAACAGAAAAGACAUUGCAGAUCCUAGAAGUCCUCCUCUCGCACUCCGGGACUUACUCCUGCUUGGCAGAAAACAUCCUUGGCCUUGGCCAGACUGGCCGGGGAGCUGAGCUGGAUGUCCAGUAUGCCCCCAAGAAUGUGACCGCAGCGAUUCAAAACUCCACACCGAUUCGAGAAGGCGACCGCGUGACCCUUUCCUGUAACUACAAUUCCAGUAACCCUAGAGUCACCCGGUACAAAUGGAGUCCCCAGGGCUCCUGGGCCCAGCAGUCACCUGGGCUGCUGGUGAUUCAGAAAGUCGCCUGGGAUGACAAGACCAUCACCUGCGCAGCCUGCAACAGCUGGUGCUCGUGGGCGCCCCCUGUCGACCUGAACGUCCACUAUGCCCCCAGAGAUGUGAGGGUCCUGCAGACCAACCCCCGUCCCGAGAUUCACUCUGGACACCGGGUCGUUCUCCAAUGUGACUUCUCAAGCAGUCGCCCCGGAGAAGUCCACUUCAUCUGGAAGAAAAAUGGAAGCUUUCUGGGGGAAGAAAGAGAACUCAGCUUUAACUCCGUCUCCCCGGAAGAUGCUGGGAAUUACAGCUGCUCGGUCAGCAACUCCAUAGGACAGACCGCGUCUGAGGCGUGGAGGCUCCAAGUGCUGUAUGCGCCCAGGAGGCUGUGGGUGUCCGUGACCCCAGGAGACAGCGUGAUGGAGGGGGAGAAGGCAGCCCUGACAUGCGAGAGCGAUGCCAACCCUCCCGUCUCCCAGUAUGCCUGGUUUGACUGGAAUAACCAGAACCUUCGCCAUGACGGCCGGACGCUGAGGCUGGACCCUGUGAAGGUCCAGCACUCGGGCGCCUACAGGUGCCGCGGCUCCAGCCGGCUGGGCGUGGGCGAGUCGCCUCCCAGCACCCUCACUGUCUACUACAGCCCGGAGACCAUCGGCAGGCGGGCGGCCGUGGUCCUCGGGCUCUGCCUGGCUGUCCUCAUCCUGGUCAUCUUCGGGGUCAAGUUUUGGCAGAACUGGAAGAGGACCCGCAGCCAGCAGGGGCUUCAGGAAAACUCCAGUGGUCAGAGUUUCUUUGUGAGGAAUAAAAAGAUGAGAAGGGCCCCCCUCUCUGAAGGCUCCCACGCCAUGGGAUGCUGCAACCCGGUAAUGGAAGACGGCAUCAGCUAUGCUGCCUUGCGCUUUCCCGAGACCGACACACCAGGAACUGGAGAUGCAGAGACCUCAGGGAUGCAGGGGCUUCGCCAAGACAGCAGUGACAUGGUCACUUACUCCGUGGUGCAGAAGCGCCGAGUGGGCGACUACGAGAACGUGGCUCCGGAUUCUCCAGAGGACGAGGGGAUUCACUACUCGGAGCUGAUUCAGUUCGGGACUGGGGAGCGGCCUCGGGUCCAGGAGGAUGUGGAGUAUGUGACCCUCAAGCACUGACGGCUGCCGGCUGUGGUGGAGGCGCCCGGGGCAGCAGGGGCCAGGGAAACCCCAGGGCCUCCCCGGCCACCACUGCUCAGCUGCUGCCACGUGACCUCCUCUGCACCCCCACCCCGUCCUCUCCCCCCAUGCUCACUGUGGAGGACCUUGUUCCUGGCCCAGAGACAAUCUGUUCAGCGCUGGUGACCCCAGCCCUUCCAAGGGCCUGUCCCUGGUCUUUUCCCACUGUCCUUCCUGCCCAGGAACUCACGCAAACACCUGCCCCCACCCAGCCAUCUGCCACCAUCCACCCCUCUCCAGCCCCACCCCAGCUGGCCGUGUCCCUGCCGGAAUCAACUUGUCCUCAUUUUUCCUUCUUCCCGUCCCUAUCCCUGUGGCCCCUCCCCUGCUCUGACAUCCCCACUCCCUAAUUUCAAGCCCAAUUUCUGCAUCUGGAGAAAAGCCCGGGAGAGGACAGAAAUGGGGUAGACAGAGGCACUGUCCCGAGCUGGCUACUGCUCUAGAAACAUGUCGCCGUGUCAGCGAGGCAUUCUGUGGGAAGGAUGGCACUGCCGCGGCCCCCACCCCCAGGGCUCCCGGGGCCUGAGACUGGCAGUGGUGUGAUACACGUGUACCGGCCCGAGGACUGCACAAUAAAAAUGGCUCAGAUGCCACUUCA